GCGCGCCGCUGCGGAGCCGGAGCCGGAGCCGGAGCCGGAUCCCGAGGCGCGGGCCGGUCCAGCCGGGCUUGGCGGUGUCGACGGGGCCUCAGGGCCCGGCGAAGAGGGAGCGCGGGGCCAGCUCCCGGACCGCGACGGCUGACUGUGACCGAGCGUCCGGGGUCCAACCGAAGCGAUGUUGUGGUUCCAGGGCGCCAUUCCGGCCGCCAUCGCGUCGGCAAAGAGGAGCGGCGCGGUGUUCGUGGUGUUCGUGGCAGGUGAUGAUGAGCAGUCUACACAGAUGGCUGAAAGUUGGGAAGAUGAGAAAGUGACAGAAGCAUCUUCAAACCGUUUUGUUGCUAUUAAAAUUGAUACCAAAAGUGAAGCCUGCCUGCAGUUCUCACAAAUCUAUCCAGUGGUCUGUGUUCCAUCCAGUUUUUUUAUUGGAGACAGUGGGAUUCCCUUGGAAGUAAUUGCAGGAAGCAUUUCUGCAGACGAGCUUGUUACAAGAAUUCACAAAGUCCUACAGAUGCACUCACUGAAAGGUGAAGCAUCGAUGGCUAACAGCAGCCAGUCAGAAGGCUCAGUCUCUGCUCCGUCUGCCUCGUGUGAACCUGGUAACACUUUGGAUAACUCUCAGUCCAGAAAUGCGGAGCAUUGUGAAACAUCAUCCAGUUCUAAUACAAACUCAGAUACGGCAGCAGGAGGAGAAAGUUCAGGCCAUGCUGCUGCCUCUCGGGAGCCUACUGUAUGUUCAAGUCAGAGACCUGCAGAGGAUCUCACCGUGAGAGUUGAAAGCAGACUUACAAAAAAACUUGAAGAAAGAAGAGAAGAGAAAAGGAAAGAAGAAGAACAGAGGGAAAUUAAGAAGGAAAUUGAAAGGAGAAAAACUGGAAAAGAAAUGUUGGAUUAUAAAAGAAGACAAGAAGAAGAAUUAACAAAAAGAAUGUUAGAGGAAAGAAAUAGAGAAAAAGCAGAGGACAGAGCAGCCCGUGAACGUAUAAAACAGCAAAUUGCAUUGGACCGUGCGGAAAGAGCUGCUCGUUUUGCAAAGACAAAGGAGGAAGCAGAGGCUGCCAAAGCUGCUGCCUUGCUGGCCAAGCAGGCAGAGAUGGAAGUCAAGAGAGAGUCAUAUGCAAGAGAAAGAAGCUCGAUCGCAAGAAUUCAGUUCCGUCUUCCUGAUGGGUCUUCCUUCACCAGUCAGUUUCCUUCUGAUGCUCCUCUAGAAGAAGCAAGGCAGUUUGCUGCACAGACUGUUGGCAACACUUACGGUAAUUUUUCACUAGCAACCAUGUUUCCCAGAAGAGAAUUUACCAAAGAAGACUAUAAAAAGAAAUUACUGGAUUUGGAACUUGCCCCAAGUGCUUCAGUAGUACUAUUGCCAGCGGGGAGACCUACUUCAUCCAUUGUACAUUCUUCCGGUGGAGACAUCUGGACGUUAUUGGGGACAGUACUUUACCCAUUCCUUGCCAUUUGGAGAUUGAUCAGUAAUUUCUUGUUCAGUAAUCCUCCUGCACAGACUUCAGUGAGAACAUCAUUACCAGAAACUUCAAACUCUGCAUCAUCUGGCAAAUCAGAAAAAAGAGAACCAGUCAGAAAAAGAGUGCUGGAAAAACGUGGGGAAGAUUUUAAAAAGGAGGGGAAGAUAUACAGAUUGAGGACUCAAGAUGAUGGUGAAGAUGAAAACAACACUUGGAAUGGAAAUUCUACUCAGCAGAUGUAGUGCCACAAGUAUAAUAUGUGCAAUAAUCAUUGUUGCUCUUACGAUUUAAUUCAACUAAAAUUCUGGAGAAGAGGGACUGCUUGAUGCUUUCCAAAUGGUCUGAAAAGUGUCUUUAUUCCUGCUUAGUGGGUGUGGGUUAGGCUGUUUAAUUCAGAAAAGAUUGAUAUUCACUGACUGCUGGGUCCUUGCAUACAUGGUAACCAAGUUCUCAAGCCUAAAGGGAAAUGUCUCGGGUAGGCUGCCUUCAUCAGCUUCUCCAUCAGUAGCUCCCCUGCCCUGAGGCCUGUGCUCCCUGCUGACUGAGGAGUGCAGUUUGCUCCAAAGACUCCAGUCCCUCAAAGUAAGCAGGAUAUCACUAAGUAGGCUUGAGACUGAGUCAGAGCAAUUUAAGUAACCAGUCAGAUGAUAGUUUCUUUCCUUUCUGCUUAUUAGCUACAAGCAAAAUCUUGUAGUUUUUAAUCUUAAGAACUGAAUAAAAAUUAUUUUCCCAAAGUCAGAAUUAUCUUAUUUUGCCUUAAGUUUUAUUAUCUUCUCAUCGUCUGAUUGCAGAGAGAGCUGUGGAGAUUUUAUGUCUGAUUUUUUCCCCUCUAGUAUGGUCCUGAAGCUCCCAGGAAAGUAGCUGGUCACCUACCCUUAAAUGUCUCUGAGGCAGGAAACCUUCUGACAUAUCAAUGCCAGAUACGCUGUCUCCUAAGCCAGUCAGGCACUGCUUUGCAUGGUGUUGUGGUCUUUGUUCUUAUCUAUUACAGAUAGCUGCUAAGUCCAUAACCUAGUUCUCUCUCUCCUUCAUAGUUGAGUUUUGUCCUUGAUAAUCACAUUUUAAGGUCUUAAAGCACUUGUACAGAACAAGAAACUAGUGAAAGGUCUUUACUCAUUUGGCUAUUAAGAAUGUGACAGAUCCUUAAUCUGAUUUAUAUGCUACUUUAUCCAUAUGUUCUGGUCAUAGAGACCACUCAAAGUAAUGAUGUUUCAGAAGUAGUCAGCAUGAUCAUUCCUGUUUGGAAAUUGAAAGGGAUCACUUGUAUGUGGACAUAUAGGACGCUCCUGGCUUGAUUUUAUAAUGGGGGGAAAGAAUUUCUUAGAGCUAACUUUGUGUGAUUGUCUGUGAAGUAACAAUGACUUUCAUAAGAUGGCAGCAGUCAAAAAAACUGAGACAGCUAGAGGGUUACACUGUGGAAACUCCUAAGAUCUUCUGAUACAAUGUUUAUCAGAAACACACAUUCAGAUCUUUCUUUAAGAAAUCAAAUGUAAACACAAUGUAGGUACUCAUAUUAAGUAUUAUUUAUUUUAUUUAACAACUGGAAGCUAAAUGCCUUCUAUAGAGCUUUUGAUAAAGAAAAAUGGUACAUGAAUUUACCAUGUUUAUUGAGCACCUGUCAUGUGUUAUAGAAAAAGUAGCAGGAUAUAGAGUUAUAAUUCCAGUAAGAUUUCAGCUUUGUAUUCACAUUUUGUAUAUAGAUAGAACUAUGUACUAAUAUUUAUGUAAAGAAAAAAUGACUCAUUAAUGGUAAGCGUUUGUUAUAUGUGAUUUAGUUUUCCUUUUGCACCCUUGUAUUUUUCCCAUUUUCUGCAGUAAUCAUAUUGCCAUAAUUUAAAAAGUUAAAAAAAACAGCAUCCCAGCAUCCCUUUUUAAAGUUUCACCAUCGAUUAAAAUAUAGCAAUAAGGUGACUUAAAACAUUUGUUAAAUGGGUAUGACUGCACUAAUAACUAUUAGAAAAUAAAUUUGCAGAAACAAAGUACCUCAUUUCAAUUUGCCUUUGACACAAUAAAAUAUAGCCAGACAGUGGUUCACCAAGAAAAGGUUCAUGAUCUUUGGCGUGGGAGGAUCUCUCCUCAACUGUUACGUUUUUAAAAAGUAAGCAUGGUAAAAAAAAUCUAAAUGAGGCUGUAACAUAGGAGGUCUGCCUCCCUGGGUCUUAGCUCUCCUGCUGUUCCCUGGAGGAAACCUAUUAAUAGUUUCUUAUGUAAUUUUCAGAACACUUUUAUGCAUAUAUAAGUAAAUAUGUAAUCUAUUUUUUAAAUAAAUGGGAUAAUAUUAUAUUUA